GGGGAUUCCUUUGUGAAGAGGCUACCAGGGAGGGACAGUUGGCGCUCAAACUCCCUCAGCCGCUUCAGAUGGCGGCGGCCCGGCCACGCCCCAAGUGGCUGCGGAGACCCUUUUCCCAAAAUGGAGAGCGGGAAGGGAGAGGACGUCCGCCAGAAGUUAGCCCCGCCCCCGGGGACAGCGAGAGCCAAUUAGCAACUCGCAGGGCGGGCACGCGCGAGGCCAGGGGAGGAGGCUGCCGUUGCCCCGGCAACCACCGAAGAGAAGGAAGGCGGUCGCGGCCUGGGAGGGAUCGCGGCGCCGCGGGCCUCUCCCUGCCGGAAAGGUCCCUCCCGGGAGAGCGCGAGACAGGCGGGGAGUCAGCGCCCGUGGAGAGCGGGACAGGUCAGGUCCAUGAACUCCAAUCCCCGAAGCCGCUUUCGCGCCUCCUGUUAGCGGUUCUGAAGGCUAUGGCUGAAGUGCACGUGAUCGGGCAGAUCGUAGGGGCCACCGGCUUCUCAGAAAGCAGCCUCUUCUGCAAGUGGGGCGUCCACACAGGCUGGCCCCGGCUCCAUUUCCAGGUGUGGUCCCAGGAUAGCUUCGGCCGCUGCCAGCUUGCAGGUUACGGCUUUUGUCACGUGCCCAGCAGUCCGGGCACCCACCAGCUGGACUGUCCUACCUGGCGGCCCUUGGGCAGCUGGCGGGAGCAGCUGGCACGGGCCUUCGUGGGUGGUGGGCCUCAGCUGCUGCAUGGGGACGCCAUCUACAGUGGGGCUGACCGCUAUCGCCUGCAUACUGCCGCUGGAGGCACCGUGCACCUUGACCUGGGCCUGUUGCUGCGCCAUUUUGACCGCUAUGGCGUGGAAUGCUGAGGCACCCUGCCGCCGCGGCCCCCAUCCACAUACCUGGACGCCCAUAAGGGGCAGGAUGGUGCAGUGGUCAGAAACGUGGGCUCUGGAGACUGCCUUACCUGACCCAGCCACAGCAUGGGGCAGCUUCUGUCCUGGCCAGCACCGCAAGCACAGAAUCUCUCCCUCUGAAGUCCAUUUUCCCCACCUGUGAAAUGGGGUACCAGGGGUUUGGGGAGAAGAGGCUGCCUCACACAUGGACGUGCUAAAUAAAGAACAGUUCUGACA